UGGGUGUCUCCUGAGGAUCCUUACAGAAUGUGUGAUCAAUUCUUAGGAACUUGGAAACUUGUCUCUAGUGAAAAAUUUGAAGACUACAUGAAAGAACUAGGGGUCGGUUUUGCCAUGAGGAAACUGGGAAGCCUGGCAAAGACUUCUGUGACCAUAAGUGCCGAGGAGGAUUUAAUAACCAUCAAAACAGAGAGCCCCAUUAAAAAUGCAGAGAUCUCCUUCAAGCUGGCCCAAGAGUUUGAGGAAACCACAACAGAUAAUAGGAAAACUAAGAGUGUUGUAACCUUGGACAAUGGCUCAAUGAUUCAUGUGCAGAAAUGGGAUAACAAAGAGACCACAAUAAAAAGAGAGGUGGUAGAUGGGAAGAUGAUUGUGGAAUGUAUGAUGAAGUAUGUCGUCUGCACUAGAGUCUACGAGAGAGCAUGAAGAAACUUUCUGCAGUUGACUACAACUUGCUGCUGGGAACUAGCUCAGUUCCACAAGAUAAAGGUCACUUAUUGUCUUUUGUUAAAGCUAUGAACGGUUUUGUGCCCAUAAUGUACCAUACUUCACCUUACUUGCAACUUGUUUGAACUGUGGCAGUGAAUAAAAUA